UUAUUGGGAGGAACCUGCAAGUACGGGCCAUUUCUUCUGUGACCUGGGGCUCCCCCGGACCACUUUUUCCGUAACACCUAUCCGUUGCCAAAGCCGCCGAACUUCCGUCCCGUUUCCGCGGAGCGGACCGUGAGGCUAUGUGAGCUUGGGGACCAGAGACCUUAUCCUCACUCGAUCUGGUUCUACCCUCCUCUCUGCGUGGCUUCCGAAGACAAGAAAGAGAACUGCUUUUGGUUACCUACCACUGGCCCCAUGGCAUCCAUGCAGAUGGAUCCUGAGCUAGCCAAGCAACUCUUCUUUGAAGGAGCCACUGUGGUCAUUCUGAACAUGCCCAAGGGGACAGAGUUUGGUAUUGACUACAACUCCUGGGAGGUGGGGCCCAAGUUCCGGGGUGUGAAGAUGAUCCCUCCUGGCAUCCACUUCCUUCACUACAGCUCUGUGGACAAGGCCAAUCCCAGGGAGGUGGGCCCUCGGAUGGGCUUCUUUCUUAGUCUGAAGCAGCGGGGACUGACAGUCCUGCGUUGGAACGCCGUUCAGGAAGAAGUAGACUUGUCUCCAGCUCCAGAGGCUGAAGUAGAAGCUAUGAGAGCCAAUCUCCCUGAGCUAGACCAGUUUCUGGGACCUUACCCCUAUGCUACACUCAAGAAAUGGAUCUCACUCACCAGCUUCAUCAAUGAGGCCACCAUGGAGAAGCUGCAGCCCGAGAGCCGGCAGAUUUGUGCCUUCUCAGACGUGUUGCCUGUGCUUUCCAUGAAGCACACCAAGGACAGGGUGGAGCAGAAUCUACCCCUCUGUGGUACUGAGUGCAAAAGCUACCAGGAGGGUUUAGCUCGGCUGCCUGAGAUGAAGCCCAGGGCUGGGACAGAGAUCCGCUUCUCAGAGUUGCCGGCUCAGAUGUUCCCAGCAGGUGCCACACCAGCAGAGAUCACCAGGCACAGCAUGGACUUGAGCUAUGCCCUCGAGACUGUGCUCAGCAAACAGUUCCCUUGCAAUCCCCAGGAUGUACUCGGUGAAUUGCAGUUUGCCUUUGUGUGCUUCCUGCUGGGCAAUGUGUACGAGGCAUUUGAGCACUGGAAGAGGCUCCUGAACCUUCUGUGUCGGUCGGAAGCAGCCAUGGUAAAGCACCAUACCCUGUACGUCAGCCUCAUCUCCAUCCUGUACCACCAGCUCGGUGAGAUCCCUGCUGACUUCUUUGUGGACAUUGUCUCCCAGGACAACUUCCUCACCAGCACCUUACAGGGCCCCGUGGAGACCAGAAGAGGAUGUCAGAUUCUUUGGAACUGAGUUGCGGACUGUUGUGAGCUACCAUGUGGGUUCUGGGAAUCAAACCCAGAUCCUGUGGAAGAGCAGCCAGUGGUCUUAACCAUUGAGACAUCUUUCCAAUUCCAUAUCAUAAACAUUUCUAAUAGAAAAGUUUAUGUACCUCC